UCUCACGGAUAAGUCACGCGCCGUACAGCCCUUGGGAUAAAAAUAACAAUGGUUUUAUAAUUAUUGCAGUAUACUAAAAGUGUAGUUGGCUGAUUGAUUAUCAUUUGUAUACCAUAGUUUAACUACAAAUACCAUGGUUAAACUGCGUGUGAUUCUUGUAGUGAGGCAAAUGUUCCGUGUGCGUUUGCAACAAAUACUACACCUAUAGUAUUAUGGAGAAUUUAGGUUUAGUGUUUUUGUGUAGUUGGUUUGUCUCGUCUUUCGAUGAAGUGGUCAGAAGUUGAACAGUUUUAAAUGUGUAGCGAACUUAGGGUCGAAUCUUGUGGCGCAACUCUGGCACGCGCAGUUUUGUAUUUAGACAGUUACACCAGAUAAUUUAAGGGUGUCUGACGCAGAAGGUUCAACAACAGUAAAAGGCAGAACUUUUCACAAUUUGCACAAUUCUCCUCGUUUUUGAAACACACCCCACAGUUAAACGGAAGGAUACGCGUUUGAGGAAAUGAUCGGGUUGUGUCGAUUUCACAGAAGGCAUAUGGAGAGGAAUGACUUCCUCAAAUAGGAAGAUAAUGCGGGUUGUCUUUGAGAGAGAGAGAGAGAGAGAGAGAGAGAGAGACCGCGCAGCGCGUCUUUGACAUGAAGUUUGUUGCCUCUCACUAGAAAACCGCUUUGUGCGGUUUGCGCGUUUGGUAAAAUUGCUUAACUGCCGGUGCAAACGAGAUAAAACUGGACCGAGACUCGAUCGUGCAUUGCUCUAUUAUAAUAUGCAGUGAUGUGCGCUGCUUUAAUGCAUUGCAAGACGCUGGACGUCAGAGGCGCGCGUCUCUCUUCGGCACAGGUGCGCGCUAAACUUUGGUUAUUCAUUAUUGAUUAACUUUGGAAAGAAAAGAGGGACGCGCACGGGGGACUACGAUUACUCGCGCUAUGGAGAUCAUGCCCAACCAACCUACAGCAGAGGCCGGUGGAGAUCACACCGCCGCGGUAUCCAUGUCUGCGGGCGCGGACAGAGCCGAUGUGACCAGCCCAAGUCCCGUAACAAAACAGAGGUCCCUGCGGGCGGUUUAUGUUUUGAACGAUGGACUAAAGGCGGUAGCCGCAAACAGCCCGGAGUCCGGCGCGCUGCAGUGUCUCCAGCGCGCCUGUGACGCGGAGAGUGCCAUACUAACCACUGUUACUUUUGGACGAUUAGACUUUGGAGAGACAACAGUGCUUGAUACUUUUUAUGACGCGGAUAUUGCAGUGGUGGACAUGAGCGAUGUGUUCAGACAGCCCUCCUUGUUUUAUCACCUUGGUGUGCGUGAGAGCUUCGACAUGGCCAACAAUGUCAUCCUCUACCACGACAUAGACCCUGACACCGCACAGUCCCUAAAGGACAUGGUGGUACAGAAAAACACAGCCUCCAGCGGAAACUAUUAUUUCAUUCCGUACUUGAUGACACCCAACAACGAGUACUUGUGCUGUGAGAACGUGGCCCAACGUAGAGCAUCAGAGUACAUGCAGCCCAACUGGGACAACCUUCUGGGUCCUCUCUGCGUCCCGCUGGUGGAUCGCUUCGCCAACCUGCUCAAAGACAUCCACGUCACUUCAUGCGCUUCGUACAAAGACACGCUCUUAAACGACAUCUGAAAAGCUCGAGAAAAAUACCAGGGAGAAGAACUGGCCAAGGAGCUUUCUCGAAUCAAACUCCGCAUCGACAACACAGAGGUUUUAACUCAGGACAUUGUAAUGAAUUUGCUUUUCUCCU